AUGACUCUCCUGCCUUCGCCCCUCGCUCAGUCCACCUUGAGCGAGAAGGCCGCUCUCUAUUUGGACCACGUCACCGACAACCUCCCUGUGUUCCUGCACUCCCUCCGUCCCCGAUUGGACCCGUGGCUGACAUACUCGACCACAUCCAUCCGCUCGGUCGCACAGGCGCUGCCAUUUGACGCCGACGAACAAACUACCGCCAUCUGUGCGGCUCUAUUAGUCAGCGAGAAUGAUUACAGUUACAUCACUCCUGAUUAUAUCGUUGACUCCCCAGCCAACAAUACUUCGCGUCAUGCUCAGACCAGAUACGAUCCAAAUGAGGAUAACAAUGAACCGGACAUUAUCGCUCUUCGACACCGUGGCACCAUCUACCCUCUCCACUUCCGCGCAUAUGCCAUCGACGACGGUGUCCUGACUGUGGGCGCACUUCGGGAGGAGGCUGCACGACAGACCGGCGCAAACAACCCUCAACAAGUCAGGUUGCUUUACAAAGGAAAUUUGCUCAAGGAUGAUAAUCGGUCAUGCAAGGCCGAGGGACUCAAGCAGCACUCCGAGGUGUUGUGUGUAGUCUCCGAAGUUGGCGCCAACACCCCGAGCGAGGUCUCAGACUCGUCCCGCGUAGACGGAGAAGAUGAAGACGCUGGCUCACCCGAGAAAACCAAAAAGAAGAACAAGAAGAAGAAGCCCAAGAAGAAGGGCCCUCUGUCGGAGCCGUCCCGCCCCGGGUCGACAACUCCUGUGUCCAGCUCCAACCCACCCCUGCCACCCAAUCUCAAGCUUCUGCCCACCGCAAUAGAGCAGGUUGCCGCAUUGACCGGAUACCUUCAACAAGUGCUCAUCCCCAUGUGUGAGGAGUUCUUUGCCAACGUGCCCACCGAUGCCAAGAAACGGGAUUUCGAAUACAAGAAACUAAGCGAGACCAUUCUGGCCCAAAUCAUGCUGAAGGCAGAUGGAAUUGAACCCGAUGGCAACGUUGAAGUGCGCAAUGCCCGCAAGGCCCUGAUUAGGGAGGCCCAAUCCUACCUCACUCGACUCGAUGAGUACAAAUCGGAGUAA